AGUCAUUAACGGCGUUACGGGCUUUCAUGACAGAGAUAGGAAAGUCUGUUAUCUCUGGCUCGGAUACCAUCACUUCUACAUCUCCAUGGCACUAUCUGGACGGCAACAUUCGCGACAAGCUUCGCCAGUCUUUGUUGAAUUUCAUGGAAUACAAGCUGCCCGACAUCGAUGAUCUAUCUGUGCUCGAGCUACACUCAGCAGCAAUAACCGGAGCAAGCGAUUUACUUGAAUCACUUCAUCCGUACACCUGGGACUAAGAGAGCUGGAGAGUGUAGCAGAGAAAUUCUGGUGAAGUUGUUCGGUCAGUAGCAGUGAACUUGGUCCCUUGUCCAAGGAAACGUGACCAAGUUCGUGGCCUGUCUGAUCUUUUCUAUCAUAUUGAGCUCGAGGGGUAGGUCAAAUUGAUCUUUCUCUUGAGCUCCCGUUCCUGAAUAGGAUACGACGAAUGAUCGUAAAAUAUGUUCUCAGUACCAACAGUCUCUAUUGGCGAUCAGCGCGAGACAUUGCAAUCUCUUGUUAUACUUGCUAUCCUUGAGUCACAUGUCACUUCGAAGUU